AUGGCGAAGCAGCCGGACUUUGCGCAGAAGCCGCCGGAUGACCUCCCCGCUCGCAAGGACAGGAUGGACUUGCCCCAGGGCACACGGCGGCUUGACCUUGACCCAAGGCCCACCGGUAAGCUCCAUGCGCGCCGCCGUGUCGUGUUCGUGGCCUUUCACUUCGUCCUCUACUGAAAAUCCUUGUCAAAUCCGAGAACACUGAGUGAGAUCGCUCUUUCAGUUCACUCCGAUAAUUACUUCCCUUGGGCAUUUCAGCCGAUUUCAACCUUUCAUUCCAUAAGAUUUGGAGCACCGGAAUCUACUUCAUCACCACACGUCUGUCUCCUGAUCAGUCUACUCAUGCAUGGACACCCCUCCCCCCUUUUCUCUCUCUCUCUCUCUCUCUCUCUCUCUCUCUCUAAUGCAUGGAUGCAAUUACACGUAGAUCGUACCUCAUAGGAAUUUGACCUAGAAACGAUUCUGCGUACUUCCACCAGGCUUUUUAGGGUAGGCAGGCCUGGGUCGUCAAACCCGUCUAGUUUGAGUGGAAAGCUCAACCUUCGUCAUCGGUUUUCUGGUAGCCACUGACGAGUGUGAUUGACAUGAUAGGCGAAGACCAUCAUUAGAUUUCAAUAAUCCUCACUCGAACCCGUACUCCGUUCAUCGAGAAAAAAAAUCUAUCAAAGACCCAUCAGCGGUUCAACAACAACAACAAAAAAAAAAAAAAAAAAAAAUCAGCUUGGCUCCACAGUUCUUCGUUGGAAGCAUAGACCAAUUCGAAUAACAGAGAUUAGUCUACAGAUUACCUUAUGCUCGAGCCUCAUGUUCUCGUAUACCUCUCAUAUUCAGAAAAGCACGACGGCUCAAGAUGGCCAUUGAGGGGCUCAGGAGAAACAGCCGGCAAGAAGAUGGUGAGCAUCUUCCAUAGAUCCAAGCAAACCCCAGAAACCCGCAGGUGUUUUCAUUACUUCGUCAUACUAUUUCCAUACUGCAGAGGAGCGGGCCGGAGCAGACGCACGGAACAGUCGUUGCCGGAGGUUCAUGGAGGAAGAUAUACGAACUGGGACACACGGGAAGCUUCAAUCAUGGAGGAAGAUAUAUGAACUGGGAAGCUCACAGGAAGCCCUCGGCCAGCGGGUUUCUUCUGCACCCGUCGUCAAUAAGCUCCGGAGGAAAAGAAGAAGACAGGAACCAAGCUUCAGCAACCCCACACGCUUCUCGGUUGCAAAUGGAAGAGAUCUCGAGGGGGGCCGAGAAGAUCAGAAGGAUUCUCAGGGCCUACUACAGGGAGUAUGAAUCAGACCGGGGUUCGGUGGACAUUGGGAGGGACCUCUUGAGAGGAGUAAUCGACUUGAAAGAGUCCUUGAGCAGGUUACAAAGACUGCAAGGGGCCACGGAUUCUAUGGCGAAGAAACCACAGAGAGAGGGGGCAGCAUUGCUCAAGGAAAAAGAAGACGACGAACGGUCAAAGAAACAUAAGACACUGAAAAACAGAACAUUAUCAUUUCAUGGUGUGCCAAAAUAUCCUCUAGAAGGAGACAGAGGGCUGCAGAGGCAAACGGCCGUCAAGCCAAACUCAGGCGAGUAUGUCGAUGAUUCAGUGAAGAUCGGCUCCCACAGGAGGUCUAUGAGUUGCGCUCCGAGCUUCAGACUUGAAACCACCGUCUUGGCUUCUAGAAAUGAACCCAACAAGGAGAGAGUUCACAAGUCCUCUGAUUCGAAAUCACCCAUGGAAGCUGUAAGCAAGAAUAACGCCCCCAUCCGUGACACCCAAAGGGUUCCUUCCCAGGUAAGUUAUGGAGACGAAAAGAAGAUGAUUCCAAAUGUUAUUGCGAGGUUGAUGGGACUCGAAGAUCUUCUUCCCACAUUCAUAACAGAAUCAAAGAACAGAGGAGGCAAGGAGGUUACUCAUUCUGGGCAAGAGGCAAGAACAAGUAAGAAUUUGAGACCAAGUAUGGAAGGAAACGAAGAGAGAACUCAUAUGGAAACAUUAGCAGAAGAAAGCGCCCUGAGAAAGGGAGUGCGGACAAGAGUUCUGCCAGAGAAGGAACUAGUAGCAAUCCGGAUCAUAAGAAGCUCGGAAGGUCUGAAUUCUGGAACCACAAGUUCAGAACCAAAAGCAGAUGGAAAUGCAAGCACAUUGACCGAGGUAGGGCUAGUUUUCGAGGAUUUACAAGAUCCGCCUUUGGUAUAUAACUUGCAUGCGACCAAGUCCAAUCAAUACAGGAAUCCACACAGUGAAACUAGAGAUCUAGAGUUUUGUAGAGGACAUCAAGACGUUCUGAAUGGCAAAAGAAGAUUUACAGUGCAAGGCUGUCAUUUAAACGACAUAGAUGACGAAAAAACACUGCAGCUAGAAACAAAAAGUGCUCAAGUCAAAACGAACAGCCCAAGGUCCAUUCGUGAAACAAGAAAUGAAAGAUUGGUACCAAAGAGUAACGGGUUUGCAGUCGACAAGAGAUCAACAAGUGCAAUUGAUAAGAUGCACGUAAAAAAUUCAUUCAAGAGCAGGAACCAAGAAAAGAUGACUAUUAGUUGUACACGAAACAUUGGCUAUCAAGUUUUAAAAAAAGCAGCAAAGGAAACGCUAGAAUUAGGAAAACUCUCGAGGACAGGUUCGUCAAAAUCAAAUAAAGAAAAUACCAAGCUCUUGGUUCCAUCAGGAAACUCUCUCCCAUCCAGAAAAAUAAAGCAGAAUGCAGGUGCAGUGUCACUACCUCAAGGAGGAAAUGUAGGGAAGAGGUUGACAGAGGCCGACGGAUUUCAAUCCCGUACUGCCAAGAACCCCCCAUCAGAGAAGCAGACGCAUAUUUCACAAGAAAUGUCGCAGGAGAAAGAAGGUAAUGUUAGAAGAGAAGAGAUUAUAAGCCUUAAUCUACCGAAUCUGGAGAAACAAUUGCAGAAGAAAGCUCAAUCCACUGCUUGUGACAUGCUAGACCUGAGCCCAAGCCAUUGCAUGAUGACACAAAGGAAAUAUGGAGAAAAACUUUCAUACGCUAAUGUAAGUUCGAUCUUCUGAUAUAAACUUGCUUUCAUCAAACGUUAGACAUAGUAAAUUUAGAACACUUGCUUUUGCGUAGUCUACUCAAUCAGCCUAGGACAAGGAAAUAAAACGUAAUCAUAAGGGAUCGUGACCAAAAAUCCCAAGUUCCCCAUUCCACAGAUAAACACCUCUAAACUAUGUCUCCCAUAUACAGUUCAACAGGCAACUGUUGAAAAUUUAAACAGUUACACACAUGAUUGUAAAUGGUUUGUCUUCUACGAUGAUGCAGAUCAACAAGAAUAUGAGAGACAAAGUUCCAGAAAAGCAACCCUCAGAACUUUCCGUCAGAGUGGAUCAAGAGCUACAUCCCCUACACACCAUCACUAACUCGGUCUCAGGUAAUCCAAUGAUAGUUUCAAAUAUAGUUAAAACAACCCACCUGUGCUGUCUGAGGCAGCUUAUACAAUUCAAUACAUUGUUGGAAGCUCUGAUGGGCAUUGUCUAUAACAAGCCCAGGAGACAACCAGAAAACUUGUAGCCUUGCACCUAUCCAGCUAGCCCACUUGCCUCCUUGUAAGGGGUCAUCCUGGGAGGGUUUCUACUAUUAGAAAAAGGCAUAAAACUAGUAUCCCAUGCCUGCAUAUUAAAUUACCAUCUAAAAGAAACGUACAUGAAGAGAAACCGAUUAACCAAUAAUUUUUCUGAAUUACAGGAUCAACAAAAAUCAUGCAAUGCAUUAA